UGCAAUUAAAAACCCCUCACGGAUAAAUGCAUUGUUUAACCGUCUGCGGCCGUCGCCAGCGCACGCCGACCGAGAGCAUCCACCCGUGAAGGCCAAGUGAGCACCCGACGUCACUGCACUAACACAUCAACAUCGCAUCCGUACACGUGUCUACGUAUACAUUGGCCGGCGAACCACGUUUCAUACGGCUGCUUACCUGGCAAAGUUCACUCACACGAGUGUGCUACCUGCCGCGCCGACUCGCCGAGUCUCAGUUCCGUUUGAUUACACAAUACAGGGAACAACUCGCGACCGUAAUUAAAAUGAACACCGUGCUUCGGUGAUUACACACUCCGCAUGAUCACAGUAGGACAGUGCUAGUGCUAACAUAAUCAUGCCGUACAUAAUGGUAAUGGGUAGCCUCAGCGCUCCUCAUCUUUCGAAGGAUGACGGUGCGACCGUGUACGGGCUAAAUAGCGAGGAACGUGCGACUUUAGUGAGGGAGCUGAAUUCCUCGUUUAAAAUGGUAGUUGCGGUGACUUCCGACGCUGAAAGGACUGUGAAGGUGACACAGAAGGGCCUAACUCUCGUGGUAGUGAAUCGUCUACACGGGCUACUGGGUUACGAUGUGGUGUCACAUGCAAUGGCUAUGACCAAUGCAAAUCGAGAACUUAUUUCCUUCUCCAUGUACAAGAAGUCGAAUUCCAGUUCACAUGGCCACAGCCACAGCCAUAGCCACCUUAAUUCGCAUAGAAGUCACCCACACGGCAACGUAGUCACUCUUUGAGGGACAGUGAGUUGAGUAACAUUACCAUUCCGUAAGACGAGUGUACGAUAAGGUCGUUAGGCCGUUCGUGCUAUGUGUAAAUGAUGCUGGUUUUAAAAAUUCAGAAUUGUUGGUAUUUUAGCCGAAAAUGUCACUUUUACGAUUUGUGAAUGUUUAUUAUCUAUUUUAUAUCUCCAUGUUCCGAUUAUUUACGAUUUCGAAAUGAUAUGUGAUACUGUCUAUAUUGUAACAGGGUAAUGAAAGAAUAAAAAAAUGUUUAAAAUUUCAA